AUGGCAGACACGGUCUGGUACUUCGGCUAUGGAUCCAACAUGAAAUCGUCUGUUAUGAUCAACCGCGGAAUCACUCCUCUUUCUAUCAAAGUCGGUGUGGUGCCAACACACUUCCUCACAUUUGACAUUUUCGGAAUCCCUUAUACGGAGCCUUCAUUCGCUAGUAUCGCCCUACUUCCUUCGAAAUCAGAGACGGGUGAGGUCGCAAAAGUUAAUACACCCUCGACAGCAGAUACAUCGCCAAUACCCCCCGUCCAUGGAGUGCUGUAUCAACUCCGGAGGGAUGACUAUCUCCGACUCAUCCUGUCAGAAGGAUCUGGGGUUGGAUACGAUGAAAUCACUGUCGAGGCACACGUCCUCAAGACACGAUCCGAUGGGACUAAGCGGACAAAAGAACAACCUAUCAUGGCGCAAACAUUGAAAGCAAAAUAUCCCUGGAGGCCCAACUCAGGGCCUAGUCGACGGUAUAUGGGACUGAUCCUUGAUGGAUGUAAGGAACAUAAUCUGCCGGUCAGCUAUGGGAGAUAUCUCGAGUCUCUUCCUGUCUACGGAGCCGAUUCCGUCAAGAAGUCAUGGUUCCAGAAAAUGGGGGCAUUGCUGUUCCUGUUCUUCUGGCGACGGGUAAUCCAAGUGCUCGCACGAAUGACGAAGAUUGUCGUUGAUGAUAGUGGGCAUUGCCCGUCGUGGAUGGGACAAGUCAUCGUAAUGGUCUAUCAUUUUAUGUGGUUUUGGCAUGACCACGUGCAUUCGAGGAUCUGGGGUAUGGGGCAUGGUGACCUGAUCAAUUACGGGGGCCGGGCAGUUUGGUAG